AUUGGCUAGAAAUAAAUACAAUGAGUGGUAUUAUAACUAAAGUAUUUAGAUUGCCGGUGCAAUUUCCGUUAAUACGUGGCAUGGUGUCAUACGCUAUCAUAUGGCCCACUUGCAGCGUGGUACAAGAGUAUUUAGAACAUGGUACAACUUUAGAAAAUGCUGACCGAAGUAGAGCAGCCAGAUAUGGUAUAUUUGGAACAUUUUUCAUGGCCCCAGUUUUUUAUAAUUGGAUGAAAUAUACGAGUAGAUUCUUUAAGAGUAAAACUCUGAGUACGGCUAUAACUAGAGCUGUAAUUGAACAAGUUUCAUAUUCUCCAUUAGCUAUGGCUUACUUCUUCUUCGGUAUGAGUGCACUAGAAGGGAAAUCUUUUAAUGACUGCGUGGAUGAAGUAAGAGAAAAAUUCUGGCCGACGUAUAAGAUCGGCGCCAUCUUUUGGCCGACGGCGCAAACGGUUAAUUUCUAUUUUGUAUCUGAGAAGAAUCGUAUUGUGUUUGUGAGCGCUGCCAGCUUCUUUGGACUGUUUACUUGGCACAUGUGAAGUCUAGAAAUAAAAUUAUUGAACCUGUAAUUGAUGAAAUUGAUUUGAGUGAAGAAAUUAAUAUUCAACAA